CAGAACCUAUCUCUGCUAGACAGCCAGCUCUGCGACCCCACGUCCACAAGCAGCCCGAGAAGACCACCCGAGUCCGGACUGUCCUUAAUGAAAAACAGCUUCACACCUUGAGGACCUGCUACGCUGCCAACCCCAGACCUGAUGCACUCAUGAAAGAGCAACUGGUAGAAAUGACUGGCCUCAGCCCGAGGGUCAUCAGGGUUUGGUUUCAAAACAAGCGGUGCAAGGACAAAAAGAGGAGCAUUAUGAUGAAGCAACUUCAGCAGCAGCAACCCAAUGACAAAACUAAUAUCCAGGGGAUGACAGGAACUCCGAUGGUGGCUGCUAGUCCGGAGAGGCAUGACGGUGGUUUACAGGCGAACCCGGUGGAGGUGCAGAGUUACCAGCCGCCCUGGAAAGUACUGAGUGACUUCGCUUUGCAGAGUGACAUAGACCAACCUGCUUUUCAGCAACUAGUUAAUUUUUCAGAAGGAGGACCCGGUUCCAAUUCUACUGGAAGUGAAGUAGCAUCAAUGUCCUCUCAGCUGCCAGAUACACCCAACAGCAUGGUAGCCAGUCCUAUCGAGGCAUGAGGAACAUUCAUUCAGAUUUCUGU